GACCGUCUUACUGGACACGAGCUGCAGCCACGCCACCUUGCCGACUCUUCCAGAAGUAGCUUAGCUUGCUGCCUCUUGAAGCUGUUUACUGAGCACUCACUGGAUUUGUGCAGUUAUCGUCCAUUCGUGGAACAGUUGACAAGGACAUCCAAGUAAUUAUCAGAUGCAUGUGCGAAUGAACAAAUUUACACUACGUGAAAAAGCGAGGAUUCCAAGCUGCUGGGAGGAGGAAGGAAAGGUGCAUUCUGUGACAGUUAAUGUUGGUGGUCUAGAUUUUUUGAAUUGGGAAUGUGCACAGUGCCUUCGAGUGGUAGCCUGUACAAAAGGGAAACGGAAGAAGGAAACUGCUUUUGGCCUGUUUGCCUUCGCUUGCUGAUAAGUAGCCUUCAUGGCUGUACCACAUGAUUCACAGGAAACUUCCUAUCUGCUCCCUCCAAACCCCGAGGACUGGGAGGAACAAGGCAUCCCUGACUUUGUCUAUGGACAGAAGGACCUCGCAGGGAAGGGAGUUCAGUGGCCUAGGAAUGCAGGCAGCACCCUGGACUCACUGCCACGGUCCCGCUUUGAUUCUGCCCUCUGCUCUGCAUGGAAGCAGAGAGUGGAACUGGGCCUGUUUCGAUAUCGCCUAGAAGAUCUGCAAACCCAAAUCCUCCCUGGUUCCGUGGGGUUUGUAGCUCAGCUGAAUAUAGAGCGAGGAGUACAAAGGAGGCCCCCCCAGAAUAUCAAAAGUGUGAGGCAGGAGUUUGACCCAGAACAGUUUAACUUCACAAAAAUCCGACCUGGAGAAGUCCUUUUCCGUUUGCAACGGGAGCCUAAUGGCCCAGCUGCCUCAAAGCAAGAGGACAUCUUUGUGGUGAUCAAUGUCAGCCCCCUGGAGUGGGGCCAUGUGCUGCUGGUGCCAGAGCCUGCUCAUGGGCUCCCGCAACGUCUGCUGCCUGGUGUGCUGCGGGCCGGGCUUGAAGCUGUGCUACUGAGCUUGCACCCAGGCUUCCGGGUAGGCUUCAACAGCCUGGGAGGUUUGGCCUCUGUGAACCAUCUCCACCUGCAUGGCUACUACCUGGCCCACCCACUGCCUGUGGAGGGCGCCCCAAGCACACCUCUAGACCCCAAAGCCUGUAUAUAUCUGCUGCAGAACCUCCCAGCUCCUGGCUUCCUCUUUUACACUAGUGGGCCAGGGCCUGACCUGGAAGCCUUGAUUAGCAGGGUAUGCCGGGCCACUGACUAUCUGAGUGACCAUGAGAUUGCACAUAACUUAUUUGUGACCCGGGGAGCUCCACCUGGGCAGGCAUCACCUUCCUCGGACCUCACUGGGAUCCGAGUCAUUUUGUGGGCCAGGAAGUCCAGCUUUGGAAUAAAGGAUAGUGGGGCUUUCAAUGUUGCGCUCUGUGAGCUGGCUGGCCACCUACCCGUUAAAACAUCCCAGGACUUCGGCAGCUUGACAGAGGCAGCUGCAAUGGCCCUCAUUCAGGACUGUCUGCUGCCCCAAACUCAGGCAGAUGAGGUGCAGGCAGCACUGGUGGCCCUGAUGGCCCAAGAAGGGCUAUAAUUCUUCAGGUUUUACUGAUUCAAGGCCCUUUCCGAAGGCUGUUAAUCACUGGCAUUUGGGCAGUUCUUUUCAUGACUGCCUCCCACACUCAGAUUAAGGAGUAUAAAGAAAGCACUGAAUGAAUGUA